AUGGAUGGGCUAAAGGGCUGUAAGAGAACUCAAAGAGAGUACAUCUUGAAGAAUGAGAAAAUAGAGAUGCAAGUUUUUCCGGGGCCAGAGGGAGUAAAUCAGAUGACAUUGCUUUUGAAUGUACUCAUUCUACUUCCAUUUGAUUCGCUCUGCAGACUAUUUCUUGUAUGCAAGGCAUGGUUCAACUUGAUCAACAGUUCUAUCUUUAGGGAAGCUCGAUAUCAGAAAUCCACAGCUGCAACAUUCUCUUUAAAGCAACUUGAUCAGGGAAAAGUUGAUAGAUUGUCCCUGCAAUCAGUCCUCGGAUUGCCUCAGAAUUUGUUCAGAUAUCUACCAUCAUUAGGUCAUACAGAUGUUGCUUCUAUUUCUUGCAAUUGCCUGAUGGGAAGAGCAAAACCUUUACAACAGAAAAUCAGAGAAGUGUCAUGCUCAUGGAUCACGGGGAAGCAAGUAAGACUCCCCGGAGGAACCAUUGGAUUUGAUGAUCAAUCAUAUGGAAUCAUGAGCAAGCACUACACCAGUGCAUAUAAAAUCGUGCACUUGUUUCGUGAUAGGGAAAGAUAUGUCAGCUGUGAGAUACUAAGCUUUAAAACAAGAUAUUGGCGUGCAGUUGAAGGGCCAUCUCAAUUCCUAUUUCAUUCACUCUCCCUUCCAAUUUCAAAAUCUGGAGUGUUGUAUUGGCUACCUGGUGAGUCUGAGUGCACUUAUCUCGUGUAUAUGAGCUUUGAUGAGGAAGGUUUUCUUACGAAAAAUUUGCCAACUAGAAGUGCCUUGCAUGAUAGACUGAUUGAGAUGGAUGGUUUCUAA